AUGAGUGAGAAGAAAUCUCCGUUUCUCUCGUUAUUCCGUCGAAAGAAGCGUGUUACUGAGGAGAUGCCCCAGUCUGAAGUGCUGUCGCCAGUCAAGAAAAAUGACAAAGCGAAAACUGGAAAGGAAAACAAAGGUAUUGUGAACAGCAACACGAUGCCUGCUGAUAUGGAUGGUGGGAAGAAGAACAAGAAAAAUAAAUCGACAAAGAAUGGAAAGGAUUUUGGAAAGUCAUUGUCAAUGGAUGUUCUUUUGGAAGAUGAGGCCGCCGCACUUGUUGAAGCUCUCGAAACAUUCGGUGAUGAGAAACCAACUGUUGCCAGAAGCAUUCCAAAACACGCACGAAUCGUCAAAAAAGAAGAUAACUCGAUGAAAAAUUGUCUGUUCGAGAAAGAAGUUUACGACACAAUGCUGAGUGACUCGUUGAGAGUGUGCGAAAUGCUCCAAUCACAUCUAGAUGAUUGCAUCGUUUCUGUCAGAGCCAAAAGUCCGGAACCCACAUCGUCGUACUCUUUGGAUGGCAGGGACUCGGGACGUGGAGCAUCUUCGCCAUCGUCCACAAUGUCAUCCACAGCCAGCCCAGGUACCAGAAGAGUUGCCAAGGAGACCCAUAUGUAG